AUGGCUUCAUUUUGUGAGAUUAUAGCUAACAAACCAUAUGUGGUUUCUGCGUUCCUACUUCUUGGGCUUUUGACAUUAAGCUCCACAACAACAGGUGCAGAGUCAAUAGGAGUUUGUUAUGGUCGGGUUGCCGACAACCUGCCGCCUGAUCCAGAAGUCAUAAGUCUCUACCAAGCAAAUGGCAUAACAAGAAUGCGAAUUUUCGAUCCAAAUCCUCCAACUCUCCAAGCCCUGAGAGGAUCCAACAUCGAACUCAUCGUCGGCGUUCGAAACCAAGACAUCCAGUCCCUUGGAAAUGACGUUGCAGCUGCCACUGCUUGGGUUCAAAACAAUGUCCUAAACUACUUCCCUGAUGUCAAGUUUAGGUACAUUGCAGUGGGAAAUGAGAUCAAGCCCCAAGAUGCAGAAGCAAUAUGUGUUCUAGCAGCCAUGAAAAACAUUAAAACCGCAAUUGCAUCUGCCAAUUUGCAGGACCAAAUCAAAGUUUCAACAGCCAUAGACAUGUCUCUGUUGGGCAGUUCUUAUCCACCGUCAACAGGCUCAUUUAGUGAUGCUGCGAGUUCAUACAUAAACCCUAUCAUUGCCUUCCUUGCAAGUAACGGCUCUCCAUUUCUUGCCAAUGUGUACCCUUAUUUCAGCUACAUCGGUGACACCAAAGACAUCAGCCUUGGCUAUGCCCUAUUUGCUGCACCUGGGGUGACAGUACAAGAUGGUGCAUUUGGGUACACAAAUCUCUUUGCUGCAGCUGUGGAUGCCCUCUACUCUGCUCUUGAGAAAGCCGGCGGUUCGAGUGUGGAGAUCGUUGUAUCGGAGACCGGUUGGCCAUCGCAAGGCGGGGAAGGAGCCACAGUUGAAAAUGCAAGCACUUACUACAAGAAUUUGAUUGACAGUGUGAAGGGAGGGACUCCCAAGAGGCGUGGAAAACCUGUAGAAACCUACUUGUUUGCCAUGUUUGAUGAAAACCAGAAGGGUCCUGCAGAAAUUGAGCGGCACUUUGGUCUCUUCUCUCCUGAUAAACAACCCAAGUACCAAAUUAGGUUCAAUGAGAAGAACAAAGCUUUAGCCAAUAGGUGUAUUCCUACUAAGAGCAGUCAUGUAGUGUAUUGGUCAAUUCUCUUCUCUUCUCUUCUCUUCUUUAAUAAAUCACAUGGGCACAAGUGA